AUGUCAGUCACAUCCCCUCAUUUCAGAGUUGAUUUAUCAACAGCCACAAAUGCAGACGAGUUGUUUGUUCGAUACAGUAUUCCCGAGCUGAGAUCACUGGAAAAUAAAACUAGAAUAGAUAUAGGGAACAAAAAACAAGAACUGAGGCUUAUGGUUGGAGAGCGUUAUCGAGAUCUUAUAGAUGCUGCCGAUAGUAUUGUAAACAUGCGUCAAUGCUCGUUGUCGAUUGAAGAAAGAUUACUUCAAAUGCAAAAUUCUUGUGAUGUCAAGACUCUUAAGCAAGAUGUUAGCGUUCAGUUACAAGAUGAAAAGAAAGGAACAAAAGAUGAUAAAAAAUAUCAUCUAUACUCUACUGCUGCACAAAUCAAGUUACUAGUUGAUGUACCCGAGCAGAUAUGGAGAUCUUUAGAAAGUCAUAAAUAUCUUAAUGCAAGCCGUCUUUACCUCAUUGCGAAACGUGUUUAUAAAAACCUUCAAGUUCAUAAUGAAUCUAUGCCAUUUAGCAUUCCGACCAGCUUUCCAGUAGUGCAACGUCAGUGGGAUGCUGUAAGCCAUUUUAAAACUCAGAUACUUCAAAAAGCUACGCUUUUCCUUAAAACUAUUGAUCAAUCAGAACAGAGCUUGGCAGAAGCACUGUGUGCAAUAAUGCUUUUGGAUGACGUGACAAUGAAAGAUGUGUUUAGAAUGUUUCUGGAUAUGCGCACAUCUGCUCUAAGCCAGUUUUUAGAGAACAAGGACAAUCAGCCUCUGACCGAAUGCCUUAAAGAUGUCAUUUCUCUCGUUCGAUCGACCGUGGUUCAAGUGGGUUUGGUCUUUAAUAACGUUGGCAAUGAAAAGUCUCUGUUCGAGAUUUACUUGAAACAGCUACAACAAGGCUUUACGAUACACACCGAUAACCUCAAGUCGCCUUAUUCAGCAAUGUCGCCUCGUGAGUCCAAGACAUCAUUGACAAGAUUGUAUUCUGCUUCGACAAACAUUCACUUGUUGAUCAGGUAUCUUCCCGAAUCCAUUCAAACGCUCACGCCUUUUCUUCAUAUGACUGGACCAAGAGGGCAGCUAUCUCAAGAAGAUGUGAGAUUAAGAAUGAAUUUGUGGAUUGAUCAUGUCAUCGAUGAGUUUGAAGGAGGGAAGCUUGGGUUGCAGCUGGCCAAUAUCAAGUCUGCCAGAGAAUUGAACAAUAUACGUGCAAGUCUAUGGGAUGCUUUGAGACAUGAUGAGAGUGCAGCCGUGGAUGAAACAAAACCGUCGGACAAAGGACGAGUUUCCAGAACGACUAGUCUGGGUUUUGUGCUGACUAUACCGAAAUCGACGUGGUCGUGGAACGUGGCUUGCACUCUUGUUUUGAACAAAAACUUUUCGAUUUGGCAUGAACUUUUUAGAAAGGGAUUUAACAAUCGAUUUCAAGAGAUUGCCAACAUGUUACUGGAAGAUUUAUCGAGUCAACCAAAAACCCUGCUCUAUGAUAAUCUAAAAAACCUAGAAGACCCCUCCAAUGAAGAACAUAAUCUGGAAAAUUUCGUAUGGAAACACAAAGACGCCUUGUUUGUCCAAAAUCGCAGUAUUUCUCAUGACUUUAAAGGAAAAAUACACUAUCUUGUUUCCGCAGAAACUACAAUUGUUCGUGAAGCUGCUCAAGCAUUUGAUAAGUCGCUUAUGCGCUUAUUGGAUGACUUUGAGCCGAUCUUUUCCAUGGUGAAGCUUAACAAGAACGUAGAUGUUUAUGAAGAUAAAGACAAUUAUGGGAUACUGUUUGACGCAACCAAGGAUGUUGAAAACUUGGUUACAUUCUUUCAUGAGGCUUUGGCCAAGGCAGUCAUAGCAUAUAGAGAUCAAUUGGUGUCUUUGAUGGAAGCUGCGACAGCUAAUACCGUUGAGUUGACUAACGUAAAGCGUAUGUUGUUUGGUCGAAUAGCUCGAGCCAUUGCUCUUAAUUCUACUCAAUUGGAAAUAUCACUCAAUCACUCGCAAUACGAGAUGGCAGGAUCUUACUUUACUCUUCAGAAGCUCACACAUAUGAACCCCAAACUUUUGGAAUUACGCGAAUCGCUAAUGGAAGUGUACAUAUCGUCUCACGAUCCGUGGAUCGUACAAAUCGUACAUGCAGCCGAGAAGAUGAUAAGCGAUAUGUUACAGAAUACAAUGUGGGAUGUGCCAGGUGUCAUAACACUUGUCUGGGAAGAUGUGUUAUUGAAGACGAAUUCAUCUGAGGCCAUAAAGUUGCCUGCACAACCAACGGGCUCAGUAGCGCAUUGUUUGUUCAAAAUCUGUCAAGAGAUUAAUAAAGCUGGUAGUCCUACAGUGGAUAAGGUUGCCCUCAAGAAUCUGUUAAUGUCUCUUUCAACAACGAUUUUUACUUGCUAUUCUACAUUCGUAUCAUCACCCUCUUUCGCAAAAGUUUCCGAGAAGGGCUCUGUUCAGAUGCUUUUUGAUAUCAAGUUUUUGACAAAAGUAUUUGAAGGAUGUUGGUUGGCUUCUGAUGGUUUGGGCUAUGAUACAGACGAUGCUUCUCAGGCUGGAAACAAACACGAGGAAGAGAUGAAACUUCAAAGAGAACACUACAGCUUGGUUAACAACGUCUUGAAUACGAUCAAAGGAAAGAUUGACCCAAUUGAUUUGGCAGUAUUUGAGCCGCUCCUGAAUAAAAAUAUUGACAGGCAUUACAGUCGUAGUAUCAUACUGCUUGGCUUGAUCCUUCAACUGAAUCCCAGAGUAGCCGACAUAAGUAGAAGAAAAGCUACAGGAAUACAAGACUAUCAUAACAUUUUUACGGUCGCCCCUCAGGCUGCAAGGUUUACACUGCUGCCAAUUAGUCACAAGAGGAAGGAUGGAAGGCAGAAAGAUAGACAUUGA